GCGACGUCCUCGCCGCCUGGUGCCGCUUACUGCGACGCGCCGGCUGAGAUGGUCAGCUAGCCGAAGAAUUGCUUCUCUAUUGUUCAGUUUCGCGUCGUACUCUGUGGUUCGCGUACCCGCAGACUGGUGUGCGAGAGGUGGUGUGUCGAGAGCAGAGAGCAUGAUGGUUUGACGAUCUUUGGCGAUCAUGUGUAACGUCGUUAGUGUCAACCCCAGAGCCCUGCCCCUAUUUAUAGCCGUCUUAGCCCUCACGAUUUCCAUUUUUUUCGAGGGAAAAUCGACAAGUGAAGCCUUUCCUACCAUGAGGUUUGAGCGCAGUGUCGAUGAUGGCCCUCUUCACGGUUCAGACUUCCUAUCCCUACUAAUGGACCCCCAAACUCCUCAAAAACCAACACCGGAACCUCUUGAAACCAGCACUGAGACAAGGAUACCGCGCAGUACCAGAAACCAGCACCCAUACACGAGCACCAUAAGAAAAAUCAGACCUACGGUCGGUAAUCUGUUCAAGAUCGACCGGAGCAACAGAUUGACCAGUGAGAAUAGCGAUAGCGAGGGCUACGUUUUGGCUGUUAGGGUGUCUUCUUCAGUGGGGAAAACGUUGAUCAACAAGGAUGUGCGACAGGGUAGCUACGAGCAAGAAAAGAACGAUUUGGGUGAUGCAACCGUUUCUAACCCUUGGGGAUCCACAGUUAAACCAUUGCCGAACUUAUCUGGUGUUCCAAACAAUCUCACAGAUGAAGCUGAAGAUCAUAGUUCGACCGUUAUAGAUGAUAACCAAGUGGCGGACGUUAUAGACCAAAUAUCGAUAGCUUCAGAAGACCAUCCAAGCCUGAUAGCCGAAUCCAACAAGAACGAGUUCAACAUAGAAGAAAAAGAGCCUAUUACAACAGAUUCCGAAGCUUCCCAAACGGCUUACGUGGAAGCACCCCCUAGACUACCAGAUUUCAACCCUCCUGAAGAUUUGCUCAAGCAAGGCCAAAGCCAAACCAAGGUACACCCGUACCAGCAGACUAUAAUCUUCCACAACACCGGAGACGCAAACCAAGCAAGAUCAGUGUCCUACAGCAGCGUGGCACAGGGUGUUACUAGCUUGAGGGACAAGUGGCAGAACCAAAAACCAAAAACCCAUGAUCGACAAGAGAGACAUUACGAUGAAACCAAAAAUAUCAACACUUUCAGGAACUCUGACAAAGGGAAGAUGGCAGAGAGCCAAACCCAAUAUCCCCUAACAGAAACCACGAGAAAACCUUGGAGCAGAAGCCAUAUUGACACCCCCACAACACCAAAGUUCAGCGAAAGGAACUGGGAAUCCCCAGAAAAAAACUACGCUCCUAGGCCAACCCAAGGACCGUACUCGGCCCAACCGGAGCAAAACUACGAGGUGGAUGAGUCGGUCAGUGUCGUAACAAACGGGAGGGUUCACGGUGUGCAGCCCAAACCAAACCCUGACACGAAAAAGAAAGACGAUAACCAAAAGGUGGGUUACGUUGUUGAGGGUAGGAAUUACAGGAAGUAUAGGGUGGAGGAGAGGACCUCUGACGGCUUCAUAGUCGGGGAAUACGGGGUGGUGAGUCACGACGACGGUUCACUCAGGGGCGUACGUUACACUGCAGAUGGCACGAUAAAUCCACGCCUGAUCUACGACGCCCUGAUGAAGUUCUUGUCCUUGUGAUGGUUUUGAAUUGAUGCCAUAGACUCGUAGUGCUUCUAGAUGUGGAUGGUGCUGUGUUAUCUUCAGUUAGGGACUCUAAGUGCCAUUUUCAGUUGUUCUCGAAUUGUUUUCCUUGAUAAUUCCCCACAUAUGUCGCCUCGUACGGCAGUGGCGUGCAUAAAAGCAAUAAAGUCUCAGAAUAAAAUUUAUUCUCGUAAUGUAGGUUGAAAAUUGUGCAUGUAUUUUGCUUUGCUUAAGUAUCAGAGCGACCUCCAGUCUGUGAAGUUUUGUAGUAUGACUUUGUGAUCAAGGUGCUGAUAUUUCCAAGUACUGCCUGUAUAAUCUAAGUUCCUCGGAAUGGACUGAAGUUGAAUAUUUUCACCAGAUUAAACUGUCUAAAACGAUAUUUUUCGCUGUAUAAUCUGAUUAUCUCUUGCCUUUGAAUUCUUGCAUUCAGACCCAACUUUUUUUUUGUUAUAUGUACGAUGAUUGCUCAUGAUAGUUGUAAAUUUAAGCCCUUAUACGAUUUUUUUACUUAUUGUGAGAUAUUUCCGAUCGUUUAUGUAACUAGUUAAUUUUACUGUAAGUCAAUAUGAUAAGGACUGAAUAAAAAAGCAAUAUUGA